AUGACCGAAAAUUAUACCAACGCUACCUCUCCCAAGCCCAUAACAGCCUUUGAAGAUGUCAACAAAGCCACCGCCCGGUUCAUCAAGCCCAAAUUUAUACUGUACACGAGUGCACUACUUUUGUGGCUGCAGUCGUUCCAGAGCGGUUGGUCCACCUCGCAGAUGAACCUAUCGAGGUACAACGACGCGGAUGACUGUAAUGCCCGUCCUGUAGCCGAGGAUACAUGCCUCAUGUUUCCGGGUCACUCAAAGCUAGAGUGGACCUUCGCUGUGAAUGCGUGGAUCUUCGGUGCCAUGAUGGGCUCACUGUGUUGCGGUUACUUCAGCGACAAGUACGGUCGCAAGAAAGCUCUCAUGGGGAACUGUGCCUUUAUGAUAGCUGGCGGAGUCGUGAUGGCAUCGGUGUCAAACAUCUGGAUCUUUGCUCUAGGCCGUUUUCUUGCCGGUAUUGCCUCAGGAACAGCUACAGCUACGAUCGGCGGCUACAUAAACGAAAUGUCACCUCCGCAUAUGUGGAACACUUUGGGUGCGGGUCUGCAGAUCUCAAUAACACUCGGUAUUCUGUUCCCAGCCAUUUUGUUCUUCGUUGCUGACACGAGCUCUGGUUGGCGUUACCUGGCUGCGUUCCCCGUCGUUCUGGCGGUCAUCUACUUGCUGCUAGCCCCUUCAUUAUGCGUGGAGAGCCCAGCGUGGCUUUUGACAAAAGGACGCAAGGAAGAAGCACAGCAAGUCAUUGCUCGACUUUAUGGUGCGGAGUACGUGCAGGCGGCAUUGUCGUGGCUGGAGGUAAGCAAGGCUAGCGCCGAGGAAGGUUUGGUCGUUGCAUCUCCCAAAAAAGAGUCGAUGUUCGCACCUCGCUACCGUAUGCAGCUUCUUGGCGGUAUUCUGCUGUCGUGUGCACUUCAACUAUCAGGUAUCAACGCCGUCUUUUACUACUCUGGUAGUAUUUUCUCGGACGCUGGUAUCUCGGACUCUCGGGUGGGCACACUGAUUAUUGACUUUAUCAACAUCUGGCCCGCCUUCUUUACUGGUGUACUAGCCAACCGCUUUGGAGCUCGUACCAUGAUCUUAUGGGGUCUAUCUGGAAUGGUGGUCAUGUCUGCCGGAAUGACGAUCGCGCUCAUUGUUGAUGUGUCGGCUCUGUCGGUUGUUUUCAUUGCGUUGUACGUGAUCGUGUUCGGUGUGACGCUGGGCCCACUCGUGUGGGUAAUGACGGCCGCCAUUUUCCCGGAUUCAAUCCGCUCGAGCGCGUCAUCACUUUGCAUUGGUAUCAACUGGUUGUGCAACCUCGUUGUGGGUGUGUCGUACCCGUACAUUUCGGCUGCACUAGGAGACUAUGCAUUCGUUCCGUUCGUGGCGCUCUUGUUGACCUUCUUUUUACUGGCUCUGAAACUCGUGCCAGAGACAUCGGGCAAGACAGCAGAGGAGAUCCAGGCCGAGUAUGACUUGCGUCGCAAGAAAUAG